UUAAUUUCUCUUAUUAUAUAAAGACUCCCCCCUUCUCCUUGUGUCUCUUUAGUACAUUUAUUUGACCUGACUCACAGAGCCUUCAUCUUUCUGAUUUGAUCUGAAACCAAAAGAAAAGAAAAUUUGAAAAAUGGAUGAAGAGUACGACGUUAUAGUGUUGGGAACUGGGCUCAAAGAAUGCAUCCUUAGUGGUCUUCUCUCCGUUGAUGGCCUGAAGGUUCUGCACAUGGACAAAAAUGACUAUUAUGGAGGAGAAUCUGCAUCACUUAACCUUAAUCAGCUCUGGAAGAGGUUCAGGGGAAGUGAUAAACCUCCAGCACAUUUGGGUUCAAGUAGAGAUUAUAACGUGGACAUGAUUCCUAAGUUUAUGAUGGCAAACGGCAAUCUUGUACGGGUGCUCAUUCAUACAGAUGUUACCAAGUAUUUGUACUUUAAAGCUGUGGAUGGCAGCUUUGUCUACAACAAAGGAAAGGUUCACAAGGUGCCAGCAACUGACAUGGAAGCACUUAAAUCUCCUUUAAUGGGUAUUUUUGAGAAACGCCGUGCUCGCAAGUUUUUCAUAUAUGUCCAAGACUAUAAUGAAAGUGAUCCCAAAACACACGAGGGAAUGGACUUGACCAGGGUGACAACGAGAGAACUUAUUGCUAAAUAUGGACUUGAUGAUAACACAAUGGACUUCAUUGGUCAUGCAUUAGCACUUCAUAGAGAUGAUAGGUACCUAGACGAACCUGCUCUGGAUACUGUGAUGAGAAUGAAGUUAUAUGCGGAAUCUCUUGCCCGUUUUCAAGGAGGAUCACCAUAUAUUUAUCCUUUGUAUGGAUUAGGAGAGCUCCCACAGGCAUUUGCACGGCUUAGUGCUGUUUAUGGUGGUACAUAUAUGUUGAAUAAACCUGAGUGCAAGGUAGAGUUUGAUGAGGAAGGAAAAGUUGUUGGUGUCACAUCAGAAGGGGAAACUGCUAAGUGCAAGAAAGUUGUUUGUGAUCCCUCAUACUUGCCCAACAAGGCUAGAAAGGUUAGUAGAGUUGCCAGGGCAAUUGCUAUUAUGAGCCACCCAAUUCCAAACACCAAUGAUUCUCAUUCAGCUCAAGUUAUCUUGCCACAAAAGCAAUUAGGUCGCAGAUCAGACAUGUACCUUUUCUGCUGUUCCUAUUCACAUAAUGUUGCUCCAAAAGGAAAAUAUAUUGCAUUUGUUUCAUCAGAGGCAGAAACUGACAAUCCUGAGGUUGAAUUGAAGCCAGGAAUUGACCUUCUAGGUCCUGUUGAUGAGAUAUUUUUUGAAGUUUAUGACAGAUAUGAGCCAGUCAAUGAGCCAUCUUUGGACAAUUGCUUUAUAUCUACAAGUUAUGACGCAACAACACACUUCGAGUCGACUGUCACAGAUGUUCUAAAUAUGUAUAGCAUGAUUACUGGAAAGGUUCUUGACCUCAGUGUGGAUUUGAGUGCAGCCAGUGCUGCAGAAGAAUGAAGAAGCUACAUUCACAUGAACUGUUGGUUAGCCUUGUUCCAAGUUCCUUGCUGCCUGGACUUGUCUUGUUUUAGUAAAUCUAUCAACUACAUCAUGUUGUAAUAAAAUUAUGUUUCAAUGAUCGUUUAUCUAAAGAUGUAAAGAUUUGAAAACUUUCAUUUGGCUCGUGCAUGGAAAGUUGGAAUAUCUGCAUGCUUGGCUUAUGUUGAGAGGCUAUCAUCUAUUUGUUGACAAUGUUCAGAUUAGAACUUUAUCCUUUUAAACAUACACAGGGUGUUAUGUUAUA